GGUAAGUAGGAGUUGGACUAUUGUAAGGAGAUCCAUCGUUACCUAGACACUCCACACUCAACCAACCACACACACAAUGGCAAUAGCACUUCCGACGAUGCUAUUCGUGGCCAUCGCGCUGACCACCACUAUGUCGACGGCCAACGCCAUCGACAUCAUGGAUAAGGACUUGGCAUCGGAGGAAUCCUUGUGGGCGUUGUAUGAGCGUUGGUGCGAGAAUCACGUGGUGGAACGUGAAAUCGACGACAAGGCUCGACGCUUCAAUGUGUUCAAGGAGAAUGCACGCAUGAUCCAUGAGUUCAACCAACAUGACAUGCCCUACAAGCUAAGCCUCAACCUCUUCGGCGACAUGACUGAUGAAGAGGUCAACCACACUUACGGUCGCUGCUCCAACAUCAUGUCCAGCGGCCGGAAGCGCCAAAGCCAGGAUCGUGUCAUGCAGGGCGCCAUCGCUGCCCGUGAAGGCCUUCCAACUGAUGUGGACUGGCGCAUGAUGGGAUACAACACCCGUCCAUCGGCGGUGACGAACGUGAAGCGUCAGGGAACUUGCGGGGGCUGCUGGGCCUUUGCGGCCAUAGCGGCAGUGGAGGGCAUCAACUCCAUCAGGACUCGGAACCUGACAUCAUUAUCCGUGCAACAACUUCUAGACUGCGACAAGGGGAAUGAAGGUUGUCGUGGCGGCAACGCAGAAGGGGCCUUCAAGUACAUGAUCCACAACGGCGGCAUCGAAACGGAGGCUGAGUACCCAUAUGUUGGCCAUGAGCAAGGCCACUGCUCGGUGCCCAAGAAGAACCGGAACCCCGUCGUCACCAUCAAUGGCUACAAACAGGUGCCGCCGAAUGAGGUGGCGUUGAUGCAGGCAGUGGCGGCCCAACCGGUCGUCGUGGCACUCGACGCUAACUCCAUGGCUUUCCGGCGCUAUGGGGGAGGCGUAUUCGUGGGACCUUGUGGGACAGACCUGAGCCAUGAAAUGACAGUGGUGGGCUAUGGCACUACUGGUGAGCAGGGUUCGGAAAAACAUAUAGAUUACUGGAUCGUGAAGAACUCGCUGGGGCCAGAAUGGGGUGAAAAUGGCUACAUACGCAUAGCACGCAACGUCAGCGGCCAUGAUGAGGAGGGGUUGUGUGGCAUCCUCAUAGAUGCGUCAUAUCCGGUGAAGUUCACAAGGGAAGGUGUGAAUGAUAUCAUGAAGACAAAAUAGCAGUUGCAUUUAAAGUUUGACAGUCCUUUCAACAUGCAUGUUUCGGACAUACAUAUGGACCGUUCGUUU